UUGGCGAAACUUGAAAAGAGCGGUGCACUUGAUGAGUGGCUUAAACAACAUCAAUAUGAUUUGGUUGUUAUAGGUGGCGGAUCGGGGGGUUUAGCCACAGCUAAGGAAGCUGCGCGAUUGGGCAAGAAGGUUCUCUGUCUGGACUUUGUGAAGCCUUCACUUAAGGGGACGACAUGGGGUCUGGGUGGAACGUGUGUUAACGUUGGUUGUAUACCGAAGAAGUUAAUGCACCAGACGGCACUUCUUGGGGAAUACAUCGAAGAUGCACGAAAAUUCGGAUGGUCAAUACAAAGCGCUGAUAAAAAGUUGAAUUGGGAGAAAAUGAAGAACGCAAUUCAAGAUCAUAUCGCUGCACUGAAUUGGGGAUAUCGUGUUCAGCUUAGGGAGCGACAGGUGACAUAUUCGAAUGCAUAUGGUGUUUUUACGGGCAGCCACGAGCUGACAACAACGAAUAAGAAGAACAAAGUGGAGAAAAUCACUGCAGAUAGGUUCAUUAUCGCGACUGGCUUACGGCCACGUUAUCCGGACGUCGAAGGUGCGAAAGAAUGUUGCAUCAGUAGUGAUGAUCUAUUUUCACUCAGCUAUAACCCCGGCAAGACUCUAUGUGUUGGUGCAUCCUAUGUUUCGCUGGAGUGUGCCGGCUUCUUAAAGGGAAUUGGCAAUGAAGUUACCGUAAUGGUGCGAUCAAUAUUGCUGCGAGGAUUUGAUCAGGAUAUGGCCGAGAGGAUACGUAGUCAUAUGAUGACUCGAAAUAUUAAAUUCGUUCACGCAGUUCCAACAAAAUACGAACGUCUCGAAGAGCCAACUGAUGACAAGCCUGGAUUGGUGCGAGUUUCGUGGGAAGAAUCCUUCGAGGAUGGUAAUAAGAGGGUUGUUACCGAAGAUUUCAAUACGGUUUUAAUGGCAAUCGGUCGUGAUGCAGUGACAGAUGGAAUGGGUCUCGAAACGGUUGAUGUUGAACGCAGCAAGUCUGGCAAGAUCAUUGGCCGUCGUGAGCAGAGUGUCUCGUGUCCGUACGUUUAUGCGAUCGGUGACGUACUGGAAGGAUGUCCAGAGCUAACACCGGUUGCUAUUCAAGCUGGACGUAUACUGAUGCGUAGAUUGUUGACUGGCAACUCCGAGUUGACAGAAUACGAUCAAGUACCAACCACUGUGUUCACACCCCUAGAAUAUGGAUGUUGCGGUCUGGCCGAAGAAGCAGCAAUUGCGAAGUACGGCAAAGAGAACAUCAACGUCUAUCACAAUGUAUUCAUCCCACUCGAGUUCAGCGUACCGGAACGAAUCGAAAAUUCCCAUUGCUAUUGAUNGGCACCGAAUGCCGGUGAAAUCACACAAGGUUUCGGAAUUGCGUUGAAGCUGAAAGGUAAAAAGGCAGAUUUCGACCGUUUGAUCGGAAUCCAUCCAACCGUUGCUGAGAACUUCACGACGUUGACGACGCUGAAAGAAGAAGGUCAAGAACUGAAAGCAACGGGUUGCUGA